AUGUUAUUCAAAAAGGCUUUUGAGCGUCGAAUGGCGGCUACAUUCGUCGGUAUCGGUCGGUUAAUCGGUCGAUGUCCAGCAACCGUCAUCACCUUGUCUAUGCUGAGUAGCGCCAUUCUUAGCAUCGGCUUCAUUCGAUUCGAGGAGGUCAACAAUGUUCGCACCGAGUAUUCGCCCCUUAAUAGCCCCAGUCGACGGGAGUACGCCGUGGCAGAAGCUUUCUUGAACCAGAAUGGCACUCUCGAUCCAUCGUACGUGAUGAUAACGGCAACGGAUGGCGGUUCACUUCUACGGGAAACACAUCGACAACGUCUGGUAGAGCUGGUAAAAGCUCUCCAGGACAACAUCACUGUGGAAUCACACGGUCACAGCUUCGAAUUUCGCGACCUCUGUGAACCCUACUGUGAAAUGAGUACCGCCUUUUUGGCAUUUAUGAAACUUUAUGAUCCUGAAAACCCUACCACCUACACUUAUCCGCAAGUAGAGAUUUUCGGAGCACAAGUAUUUAUAGGUAAGUUCUACAACGGAAGCAUUGUAUUUUCUUGA